CCGGGGGAUCCUGGGACGAGGCUUUUCCGGAAGGACAGGCUCGGCGUCCGCGGCUAGGUUGGUGUUCCAGGCCCUGACCCAAGCCAGGCCCGUGUUCCAGGCCCUCGUCCCAAUACAGUCGCCGAGGCGGCGCUCUGGUGACCUCGGAGGGCGCAGCGGGCCGCUCGCUGAGGUGGCCGGCCUCGCCGCCUCGCGAGUCGCAGUCCGUGGCGGCGCCUCGCCCUCGGCCCGGAGCGGAACUGCUGGAGGAGCGGCAGCGCAGGCCUGACCAGGUGAACCGGGUCCUUAACCGCCUUCUGGUGAAUCAUCUGCAUAAUAAUCAGAUUUGAGGUCCGCAGCCCUCUGUGGUCCUGUUGUGGACCCGUUUUCGGUGGAUGACUGACCGGUGUGUUGUGAGGGGUGCCACGGGGACUGCUUGCCCCUGAAAAGGAAAGCGCGCUCUCCCGCUCCCCGGGCUGCCUCGUUUCCUUGAAAGCUUUCGGGUUCUCACUGCGGGCUCGGGCACCGAUCUGUGUGCCGGAGGAAGGCUUUCCCAUGAAAGUGUCUCUUGGUAACGGUGAAAUGGGCGUCUCCGCCCAUCUGCAGCCUUGCAAGGCAGGAACCACACGGUUUUUUACCAGCAAUACUCACAGCUCGGUGGUAUUGCAAGGCUUCGAUCAGCUUAGAAUAGAAGGCUUGCUUUGUGAUGUGACCCUGGUACCCGGUGACGGAGAUGAAAUCUUCCCCGUCCACAGAGCUAUGAUGGCGUCUGCCAGUGAUUAUUUCAAGGCGAUGUUCACAGGUGGAAUGAAAGAACAGGAUUUAAUGUGCAUUAAGCUUCAUGGAGUGAACAAGGUUGGCCUGAAGAAAAUAAUUGAUUUUAUUUAUACUGCAAAACUUUCCCUUAAUAUGGACAAUCUCCAGGACACACUUGAAGCUGCCAGCUUUUUACAAAUUUUACCUGUCUUGGACUUCUGUAAAGUAUUUCUUAUUUCAGGAGUCUCUUUAGAUAACUGUGUUGAAGUUGGACGAAUUGCUAACACCUACAAUCUUAUCGAAGUGGAUAAAUAUGUCAAUAAUUUCAUCCUGAAGAAUUUUCCUGCUUUACUGAGUACUGGGGAGUUUCUGAAGCUCCCCUUUGAACGGCUUGCCUUCGUGCUUUCUAGUAAUAGUCUUAAGCACUGUUCUGAACUUGAGCUCUUCAAGGCUGCCUGUCGCUGGCUAAGAUUGGAAGACCCUCGGAUGGAUUAUGCUGCAAAAUUAAUGAAGAACAUUCGAUUUCCAUUGAUGACACCCCAGGAUCUCAUCAAUUACGUGCAGACAGUAGAUUUCAUGAGAACAGACAAUACCUGUGUGAAUUUGCUUUUAGAAGCUAGCAAUUACCAAAUGAUGCCGUAUAUGCAGCCAGUGAUGCAGUCAGAUAGAACUGCCAUUCGAUCUGACUCAACACACCUGGUCACCUUAGGAGGAGUUUUGAGACAGCAGCUGGUUGUCAGUAAAGAAUUGCGGAUGUAUGAUGAAAGGGCACAAGAAUGGAGAUCUCUAGCCCCCAUGGAUGCUCCUCGAUACCAGCAUGGUAUUGCUGUCAUUGGAAACUUUCUUUAUGUAGUUGGUGGUCAAAGCAAUUAUGAUACGAAAGGAAAAACUGCUGUUGAUACAGUUUUCAGGUUUGAUCCUCGGUAUAAUAGGUGGAUGCAGGUUGCAUCACUAAAUGAAAAGCGCACAUUCUUUCACCUGAGUGCCCUCAAAGGACAUUUAUAUGCUGUUGGUGGGCGAAGUGCAGCUGGUGAACUGGCCACAGUAGAAUGUUACAACCCAAGGAUGAAUGAGUGGAGCUAUGUUGCAAAAAUGAGUGAACCCCACUAUGGCCAUGCUGGAACAGUGUAUGGGGGCCUAAUGUAUAUUUCAGGAGGAAUUACUCAUGACACCUUCCAGAAUGAGCUCAUGUGUUUUGACCCAGAUACAGACAAAUGGACACAGAAGGCUCCAAUGACGACAGUCAGAGGUCUGCACUGCAUGUGUACAGUUGGAGACAAGCUCUAUGUCAUUGGUGGCAAUCACUUCAGAGGAACAAGUGAUUAUGAUGAUGUUCUAAGCUGUGAAUACUAUUCGCCAACCCUUGACCAGUGGACACCAAUUGCUGCUAUGUUAAGAGGUCAAAGUGAUGUUGGAGUUGCCGUCUUUGAAAAUAAAAUCUAUGUUGUAGGUGGAUAUUCUUGGAAUAAUCGUUGUAUGGUAGAAAUUGUCCAGAAAUAUGACCCAGAAAAGGAUGAGUGGCAUAAAGUUUUUGACCUUCCAGAAUCACUUGGUGGCAUUCGGGCUUGUACUCUCACAGUUUUUCCACCUGAGGAAAACCCUGGAUCACCUUCUAGAGAAUCACCUCUUUCAGCACCUUCGGAUCAUUCUUAGGACUAAAAUGUAGUACCUUUGCAGUACAUCAUGGAUGAUCUCACACUUCCCCUUCAGUUGUAUCUUACAGUGAUUGGUACAGUUAUUAGAUAAAAUGGUAAUUGAUGUUAUUUGUCUUGUUUGGUUCUGUGUUUAUCAUAUGGUUAACAAAUGCAUUCUGAAAAUGUAUUCAACAUAGCCAGCUGUUUUAACAAAUGUAAAAAGAUAUGUAGAAAAAUGUUUGAGAUGUGUUUGUGCUGUUGUGUUAAGUCAAAUUGUAGGUGAUUGUAGUAAAUGUAUAAUUAUGUUCAUUAUGCUUCAGAGCUGCAAGUUUUCAUCUUUGACUUCAAAACAUCAAAGGGAGGCUGCCUGCCCUGACCUAAAAUAAACAAAAGGUCACCAAUAUUAUCACCUACCUCCCUUUUUUCGUAUAGUUUUUGGCAUCGUUGCCAAUUCACCUGAUUGAGUGCAUUGAGAAUAUGUGAAGUUUCUUAGAUAGGAGAAGUAAACAGUGUAGCCCUAAGUCAGGGUUUUGUAUCUCUCUCUGGAGAGAGGGAAGGGGAGAGAGAGAAUAUAAGUAUGUAUGUACAUACAUUACAUACAUGUGUAUAUACAUCCAUACACCCAUACACAUACACAUUUAAUUUUUAAAUUGAUUGGUAUUUCAGCUAUAGGGAAAUUGUUUUUAAAUUAAUUUUUUUUUCUUCUACCUAGCAGCUGUUUCUAUUCAAGUGGGAAUUCAGUACCAGAAAAUAAGUACAGAGUCAUACUAAAUUGAGACAGAUAAGGGCUACAACAUAUUAGGUUGACUACCAAAUCUGUCAUUUGGCUAAAUUGUUAUUUCAGAUAAAUCAUAUUACUUUUUCUGCUGUGUAUUGUUUUCUAUAGAGUUGCUUUUAUACAGGCUAUUUAGCAGAGUUCAGGCUUCUGAGAAUUGGUUUUGCUGAGUAAGUUUAAGUGAGCUCUGCUAUUCUGCCCUUUUGUUCAGUAAAACUUACAUGAGGAAAGCUAAGAAUGAAAUAUGCUGAACAAAGCUGUCGGAUUUUAAGUUCGGUCUCCCAACUUAGUCAUUCUAACAUGAUCGUUUGAUUUGUGGUGGUUGCUCUAGGCAGUGUAUGUCCUGAGCUUUGUGGGGUCUGCCUCAAGGCUGUGAUCUGAGCAAGCAGGAGAUAGACUCAGUUCUGUUUCAGAUCAGAAAAAUGUCCCUUUGUCUGUGUCUAAAGAACAGGACCAACUUCAGAUUCCCUAAGAAGCCAGUUACAGAAAGCCUAGGCCUGUCUGCUGAUUUUCAGACAGGUGCUAAAAUAGAUGUUCAGCCUCUGAAAUACCAGGGGCAUCCCUACUGGUUGAGAAUCAUAUGGGGAGAUCUUAAUGAGACCUUUUCAGCGAAUGGGAGUCAUAGGAGACUUUUGUAUGUAGUGAGUGAUUCUGGAGAGGUACUUUCCUGGAAUAAUUGCCUACCUGAAGAAAAAUUUACAUAGGCACAUUUACAUACAUAUAAAUAUAUCCUUACACUUAGGAAGUUGUCACAGUAUAAAUCAGGAAUGAUCUCUUCAUUGACAAUCCCAUAAUAAAACUCAGGAACCCAGACAAGAGGAAUUGGCUUCCAGGGAUCUGAACCUUACUGCCCAUACAAGUGUUGAUUGAUUUUAGUGCUUUUUAUGAUUUCUGCCUUGGCAGAAAAUUUCAUACUUUCUAUGUUUUUUUAAAUGAUUGAUUUUUUAUUACUAAAAAUAGCACAGUUGAGUACAUGUAGAAAAUAGAAAAAGUAGAAAUUGAUGUUAACUUUGUGCAUUAAAUAAGCAAGAAAUGGCAUCCCAAUCAUUUCUUUAUUAAUGAAGUUAAAUAUUUGUGUUUUUUGAGUAGCUCUGUUUCCUCUGAAUGUUCAUGUCCUUUCCUCUUGUGAUACCUAUUGGACUUGCUUUUUUUUUUUCAUACCAAGUUAUAGGAUCUCUUUAUAUAAUAAAUAUAAUUUAACUGGCA